CCACCUCUGCAGACAACAGUGUUCGCAUAACUGCCUUACCAGAAGAUACUCAUCACUUCUACAAACCAGAAGAUAACCUUCCCCCAUAUAGUGAAGAAGUCACUCACCAAACCCUACCAGAAACUAACGAUACUCACUCUUGGAUUAUUCAACUUGACCAAGAAAAUAUUCUUGACCCUAGGAAUUCUA